CCGUGAGCACCUCGAGCCAUACCGUACAACACGGCUGUCGAUGGCCAUAUAUUUGUGGCAGUGUUACAAGGGGGGAGCACGCAUUUUUAAGUCCAUAAAUGCUCUUGAAAACAGACCAGAAUUACUCACCAUCAUGUUCUAUGUGUCUCCGAGUCAGAUGCAACAUAUUGGGCACCUUUGCGAGUUCAAAAUAUUGCAUGCAAAGCACUAUGACAUCACCAAUGACCCCUUAAGUCUUGUGAACUGGGCCAAAAUGGUCAAUUUCAUGACCAGAAGUGCUCUGACGAUGUUGAAAUUUCUAGAAACAUACCCAGUAGCCAUGAAUACGGCCGUAUAUAUGACCGUCACAGCUAUAAUUGUAUGGUCCGAAGCCAUCAGUGCCCUUGACCAUACGGUUUAUGGAUGGUUAUGGAUGUGGAAGAAGCAAUCUCUGUUUUGGAUGAAAUGGGUGGAUGCUCCAGAGUCCCCAUACAGCAAUCUUCUCGAUGGCCUUCAUGUCCUCUCUAUCAAUGCGCAUGUUCAGCGCCAGUGA